AUGAUGACUACAGAAGAUCAGACCGAAAUAGAACAACUACAGCUUUCUCUACUGCAGACAAUUGAAACUUUUCAAUCUGCUAAUAAGUUACUUGAGUUGAAUAAAGAAUUAUUGAGUAAUGAUCAACUGCUGACAGAAAAGCUGAACGAUAUUAAAAGGUUACAAAGGGAGUUUUUAUUGGAUUCCUUCCGUGUAAAUAGAUUCCAUAAAGGCUAUAAGGAAUGGGAGAAUAAGUCUAAAGAUAUAUUUAUAGAAAAUGAGAUAAAGGGUUAUAAUAACAAAUUGGGACAAAUGUCAAGGUUAAAUUUUGAAACUGAAAAAUUAGAUAAAGAGUAUGAAGGUCUACGUGAUACUGUUAAGUUACCAACAUGUCAAUUAUCAAUCCAAACUGUGAAGCUUUAUAAUGGCGGUUCAUUAUUACAAUACAUUGAAAAAAAUGCAGAGGGGGAAUAUCCACUAACUGUUGAUAUAAGUGAACUAUUUUCACUCGAUUCUAAUUCGAGUUUACCACCACCAGAUUUCAAUGUAUUUAAUAGACUCCUUAAUAUAGAAUACAAGCUUCGUAUUCAAAGGAAAGUGAAAUAUGAGAUUCUUCUAUCUGUUAAACAGCAGUUGACGGCAAAGAAUAAGAAAUGGUCGUCAAGGGAUUCAGAAUUGAAUUACUUUAUGACCAGAAAAUUGGUAGACAUCAUGAAUGAAGUAGAAAAAGUGAGGAAGAGUGAAUAUGAAGAUUUGAAAGAUUAUGAUUACUAUAAUAAUGAAGAGGAGGAAGAAGAAAUGAGAGAACAAGAGUUUGAGGAUGAUGAGAGUGUGGAUGAAGCCCAGGAUGAAAAUGUUGAGGACGACGAUGAUAGCGAUAAUGAAAACGAUAACUCGCAAACAGAUAAUGCAGAUGAUGUUGCUGGCGGUGAUGAUGAAAGUGAGGUGGUUGAAAACCAAACAGAAAUACAAGAGGAACACCCAUCAAAUGGUGAAGCCAGCGUGGAUGCCGAAAACGAUAUCACGACUGAAAACACUCCUGAUUUAGGUGAACAAACUCCAACUGUUGAUCCUGAAGAUAAUGACGAUGUCAUGAAUAUUGAUUCAUAA